AUGGCCGACAUCGACCCAGCCUUCCGUCGGCCGCCGCCCAUCGGGAAAGCAAUUUGCAACAGCCCGGCGUCGGCGUCGCAACGAGUGGGCGCGCAGCAGCAGCGGCGCUCUCCGUGUACGGCGCAGACGCUGCGUGUGGACCGUGGAGGCCGUAAUCUCUUGUUUGCCGGCGAGGUGGGACGAGGAGAAAGCAAUGUUGGACUUGCAGAAAGCAAUGUUGGACUUGCAGAAAGCAAUGUUGGACUUGCAGAAAGCAAUGUUGGACUUGCAGAAAGCAAGGUUGGACUUGCAGAAAGCAAUGUUGGACUUGCAGAAAGCAAUGUUGGACUUGCAGAAAGCAAUGUUGGACUUGCAGAAAGCAAUGUUGGACUUGCAGAAAGCAAUGUUGGACUUGCAGAAAGCAAUGUUGGACUUGCAGAAAGCAAUGUUGGACUUGCAGAAAGCAAUGUUGGACUUGCAGAAAGCAAUAGACAGAGGAACGAGGGGGCGGGGCAGAGACAGAGGAACGAGGGGGCGGGGCAGAGACAGAGGAACGAGGGGGCGGGGCAGAGACAGAGGAACGAGGGGGCGGGGCAGAGACAGAGGAACGAGGGGGCGGGGCAGAGACAGAGGAACGAGGGGGCGGGGCAGAGACAGAGGAACGAGGGGGCGGGGCAGAGACAGAGGAACGAGGGGGCGGGGCAGAGACAGAGGAACGAGGGGGCGGGGCAGAGACAGAGGAACGAGGGGGCGGGGCAGAGACAGAGGAACGAGGGGGCGGGGCAGAGACAGAGGAACGAGGGGGCGGGGCAGAGACAGAGGAACGAGGGGGCGGGGCAGAGACAGAGGAACGAGGGGGCGGGGCAGAGACAGAGGAACGAGGGGGCGGGGCAGAGACAGAGGAACGAGGGGGCGGGGCAGAGACAGAGGAACGAGGGGGCGGGGCAGAGACAGAGGAACGAGGGGGCGGGGCAGAGACAGAGGAACGAGGGGGCGGGGCAGAGACAGAGGAACGAGGGGGCGGGGCAGAGACAGAGGAACGAGGGGGCGGGGCAGAGACAGAGGAACGAGGGGGCGGGUCAGAGCUUUGUACACGUGGAACGGAGCGGCCCGGUGGCAGCGCGCCGCCGGCGCUGGCAGCGGGAACCUCCGGGCGAGCAGUUUGCCCGCCAAGGCCCUGGCAGGCCCGCGGGCAGAGCGCAGGCACGGCACGGCGUGGAGGAGCUGAGCCGCGCCGAGCCGAGCCAGUCCGAGGUUGUUGACUCCAGACUCCAGCUGGGCUCCAGCGGCGCUCGUGGGCGGAACGUGCCGGAGCGGUACCUGGACCUGCAGCAGGACCAGGGGCCGUGGGACCGCGCGCUCCCCACUCCAGGCACACGACACGACACAGCACUGGGCUCCGACUCUUGGUCUCAAACUGUGUGCCUCUGGGAAAAUGCAAACGGACCCUAA